AUGCUUGGAGCAGAUGAUGUGGAUAUGGAGAAAGAGACAAUGGCAAUGCCAAAGAAACAAAACUAUGUUUCUCAAUCUGCAGUUUCUCUACACUGUCGAGUUAUGCCUUCUCCUUGCAUGAAGAACCCAUACUUGAAAGAUGCUUCAGAUGUAGGCAUAGACCCAUUUGGUAAUCAAAGAACAAAAUGUGCAGUCUAUUUUCAGCAAAUAGGGACUGAAAAUUUUAGCCGUGUCUUCAAGGUAUUGAAGAGGAUUGAUGGCUGCUUAUGUGCUGUCAAACAAAGCACAAGACCAUUGAAUCAAGACAUAAAAAGGAGGAGAGCUUUGAUGGAAGUUCAAGCUUUGGCAGCUUUAGGAUCUCAUGAAAACAUUGUUGGAUACUACUUUUCAAGGUUUGAAAAUGAACAACUCUAUAUUCAAAUGGAGCUCUGUGAUUGUAGUUUAUCAAUUGGCAGGUAUUCUCACCCAUUCUCUAAGGUAGAUGCACUGAGAGCCUUGUAUCAGGAAAUGCCUCUUCUGAAAACUAAUGAUCCGAAAUGUUAUAAGUUAUGUACUAUUGUUUUAUCUUUAUACAUUCCAAUUCUUAUGUAG